AUGGAGUUUAAACCAAGGACUUUCCCUAACAUUUCUAACCACUUAGGCGUUUUCCUCAUGCUGACAUCUGGAGCACUGGCAGGUUAUGUUCUCAGUAACUUGGCACUGGGAAAAGAAGCUGUCCAGUCUUCAGAAGGUGACAGCGUACUUACUGCUCAUAGGGCAGUUGAUGGGAACAGAGACCCGGCAUAUGAUAAGCUGUCCUGUACCUUGACCAAAAUAGAGUCUGAUCCCUGGUGGAGAGUAGACUUGCAGAGUGUGUACAAAAUUCAGGCUGUAACAAUAACUAACAGAGAGGGUUUGGCAUACAGGCUGAAUGGUGCCGAAAUCUGGAUUGCAAACACGACAGAAUUCAAUGACACCAAAAAGAUCAGGUGUGCAACAAUUUCUAGUAUCCCGAGCGGGCGCACAGUCUACUUUCCGUGUAACCAUAGGGAGGCCCGUUACGUCACUGUGUUUCUCCCAGGAAACGAUAAAGUUCUAAGUCUCUGCGAAGUUGAGGUGUUCAGAACAAACCAUGCAUACCCUUUACCCAACGUGGCACUGAAAGGAGAGGCCACCCAGUCAUCGGUGCUCUCUUUUGCCACUGCCGCCAAAGCCAUCGAUGGGAAACGGAACUCAUUCUACGGCAACGGGUUCUGCAGCCACACUGCCGAGGACAAGACCAACCCCUGGUGGAAGGUGGACCUGCUAGAAACAUAUAUAGUCACAUAUAUCAAAAUCACCAAUAGAGGAGACUGCUGUGCUGAGAGACUGGAUGGAGCGGAGAUCCGAGUAGGGGACUCAGAGGGGAACAAUGGAACGGAUAACCCCAGGUGUGCUACCAUCUCCCACAUCAGUGCAGGGAAAACCUUCACAUACUACUGUGAUGUAGGCAUGCUGGGUCGCUUUGUGACCAUAUUUAUCCCUGGAGAGAAGAAGACUCUCACCCUGUGCGAGGUGGAAGUGUAUGCAUCCCCAACAGUGAAACCUCAACCAAACGUGGCCCUCAGGAAAAAUACAGGACAGUCAUCGCUUAAUACGACUUAUCCAAUUGGGCGGCCUUCUAAUGCUGUCAGCGGGUGUAGAGAUGGAUACCUGGAUGGAUGCUGUAUGGAAACGUUGUAUCAGUAUAGUCCAUGGUGGAGAGUAGACUUGUCAGCUUUUCACAAGGUUCAUGCUGUCACCAUCAUCAACAGACAAGACUGCUGUGCUGACGGCCUUUAUAGGGCACAGAUCAGGAUUGGGAACUCAGGCAGAAUUUCUUUAAACCCCUGGUGUGGUACUAUCUAUCAGUCAACACGUAUGAUAACCUUCCACUGUGCCGAAAUGAUAGGUCGCUACGUCGAUGUGAUCAUAACGGGAUAUUCCAGGGUUUUGACAAUGUGUGAAGUGGAAGUGUAUGCUUCACCGUAUGUUGUCCCUGCUCCUUUGCCCAUCCCUGCUCCUCCUCCUCCUCCAUCUCCUCCUCCACCUCCACCGUCUGUGAGCCUAUCACUGGGUAACAGGAACGUCACGCUGGUGGGAAAGAAGCUUUGCUGGAGCGAUGCUCUGUUGUACUGUAGACGAAACCACUGGGACCUGCUGAGCAUCCACAGCCUGGAAGAGCAAAUGGAGGUGGAGUGGCUGCUGAGCAACAGCUCCUUCCCCCUCACAGACUAUCUCUGGCUGGGAUUGCGCAGGUACUCUACGCCGAUGAAGACAUUUUAG